AUGGGUUAUGCAUUGGACAAACAGUACCGGUCAAAAUAUGGGGACCACUUGAACUUGUCGAAUCUUGUGGGUCAAGAUAGUGAUGAGGAUAAUCAAGAUAUGGAUGAGGGUAAUCAGGAUAUGGAUGAUGGUGGUGAGGGUAUGGAUGAGGAUAGUCAGGAUGCGGAUAAUGACAAUGAGGAACUGGAGCCACAGUCGGUGCCACCUCCCACUUCGAAUCCACUUCCGCAAGAACAACCUCAGUUCUCAAGCCAGUAUGUACCUCAGACACAGUUCUCCCCGUCAUUUCCAACGCCUCAACAGUAUUGGGGUAGGUAUUCAUUGGAUGCGAGGCUCCCGUGCCAUACCUCAUCGGUCGCUUCCGGAGGGUUCAUAUCUGUUGACUCUAGUAGAAGUGUAGGUGGACGCGGAGUUCUUAAUAGUCAAAAUCCUAACCGUGUCGACAUGGGACCACUACAAGAAGAUGCUAACCCAGUCGAGCAAGAUACUAAUGCGUAUCUAGUAGAUGACCCGGAUGACGAGGAUGAUGAUGAUGAUGACGAAAUAGAGGAGUCCGAUGAGGAUGAGGAAUCCUGA